GACGGAUUCUUUAUCGGUCCCGGCUAAUUGUAAGUUAAGUGGGGAUAAACCCGGUCGAAGGUAAAACUUGAAAUGCGAUAAAAAGAGGAGGAGGAGAAAGAGAAGAAGAAAAAAUAUCAUAUCAUUCUAAUUGAGCUCGAGUUAGAGAUACCGAUAAGACGCAGGUGUGCAUCGCUCCUGCGUGGUCCACCGAUCGAAUCGAUCGAUCAUUAUCAAACAGACUACUACCUAUAUGAAAUCAUGCCACGUGCAAUUAUUAUUUCUUUUUCUUUUUUUUUUUUUUUUUUCUUUUUCGGUUCUAUUACAGAUUAUUGGAUAACGCGAUAAGACGUGUAAUUUUAACCAAGAAAUACCAUCGGCCAAUUUCUUUUCCAGUCAUCUUGUUUUAAUCGUCCGACCUAUUAAGAUCCGAUCCGAAACGAAUUAUUUUUGAUUAGUGACAAACGUAUCAAAUGUAAAUAGGUGUAGGUGUCGUUAGUAAACCGGUUGAAUUUAUAAUUUAUUGGCAAGUAAAAUAAUAUCAACCUUAUCGACAAGAUGAUCGGUACCUUAUCAACAUAGAAUAUCGUAUAUUUGUAUACGUAGAGGAACGGUAAAAAGUGAGCGAGGAAAAAGAAAUUUGUGAAAAUGAACCAAAGUAUCUUGUUGCUAACGCUGUGUUGCGCGUUUACGUUAACGUCUUGCCAGAACAAAGAGAAUAAAAAUAAGUGCGUAUGGUACGGAGACUGUGGUCUGUCGGAGGAUAAUAGGCCUCGUACGUGCGUGUACAAUGGUGCACCGCAACCUGUCAAUAACACGAUCGUAGCAGACCGUCUACGACAGAAAUGUCCGCAAUAUUUCAAAGAUACCACCGACUCGAGUGGACCAACGUUAUGUUGCGACCAGGAAAAUAUCGAAACGUUGGUCUCGAAACUGGACUUGGCCGAAAGUAUCUUUGGCAGAUGCCCAACGUGUCUAAGAAAUUUUUACAAGUUGGUAUGCGACAUGAGCUGUAGUCCUGAACAGAGUCGAUUUCUCAAAGUCUCAAAGACUGAGGUAAAUUCGGAAGGGAAGGAAUACGUGACAGAAAUUCAGAUUUAUCUUUCGGAAGAGUACAUGAACGGCACUUACGAGUCUUGUAAGUAUAUCGUUAACCCAAUAUCCGGAAGUUUAGCCAUGGAUUUGGCUUGUGGUGUGCACGGUGCUAGUCGAUGUACGCCAAAAUUAUGGUACGAAUAUCAAGGUGAUCCUGACACGAACGGUUUAACAAGUUUUCGAAUGAUUUUCCUCACCGAUCAGCUUUCUGCGAAUGAGACGGUAGAAAUGUGGAACGAACCGGUAAAGAGGUGCAACGAAUCCUACGAUGGUUUGUUGGCGUGCAGUUGCGUCGAUUGCCCUAAGGCCUGUCCAAUUACGAAAUUAGCAGAAAUCAAUUCUAAUUUCCUUAUUUUUGAGCACAACGGCUACGGUGUUCUGGCAGGAAUUGUCCUCGUUUUAUUCGUCGCAUCUGUGACAUUAGCCUAUGGAAUUUCAAGAAAAAUAUUCCGCUCCAACGUUCCGAAGGACAAGGAGAUAGAAAAUAAUAAAAAUCACAAAGGAGGAUGGUAUUUUCUUCCUUGGAAAAAAUUUCACCAACUAUUUCAUUCAUUUUUUGCUAUUUGGGGUAAAGGUUUCGCAAAAUAUCCAGGCAUCGUACUGGUCAUCUUUUCUUACGUGUUAUUGGGAUUAAGCUACGGAAUUCAAUACCUCUCUAUAACUAGCGAUCCGAUUGAAAUUUGGGCAGCACCAACUAGCAGAGCUAGAAUCGAAAAAGAUUAUUACGAUUCUCAUUUUCAACCUUUCUACAGAGCCGAACAGAUUUACAUCAAAUCCGUAGGACUGGACAAGGUAACGCACAAUACGUCGAGCGGUCUCCUCGAAUUCGGUCCAAUUUUCAACAAGGAGUUUUUAUUGGCGGUCUACGAUCUUCAGAACAAGAUAUUGCAACUUGGACAAGAGGAUGGAGAAGGUUUGGAGCGUAUUUGUUACGCACCGGUUCAAAACGAUUUCACCGGACCCGUUACAUUGGAUCUUUGCACCGUACAAAGCGUGUGGGGUUAUUUUCAAAACAGUCUCGAUAUUUUUAACCAAACGAUCGUGUCCGAUCCGUACGAAAUUAAUUAUUUAGAUCAAUUAUACAAGUGCGCUCAGAAUCCGUUCGACCCAAAUUGUUUAGCGCCGUACAAAGGGCCUGUUUUGCCUGCGUUAGCUUACGGUGGAUUUCUGCGAGAAGAUGAAUUUAACUAUGAUUCGAAAGAUUACAUCAAAGCAAGUGGUUUGAUAUUAUCCUUCCUGGUGAAAAAUUCGUUAAACGAUUCGGUGCUCGAAUCGAUUUACAAAUGGGAACAGCGAUUUCUCGAUUUUAUGAAGGAAUGGAACAUUAAAGAACGUCCGAAAUUCAUGGAUGUAGCGUAUACUACAGAAAAAUCAAUUCAAGAUGAAUUGGAACGAUCUUCGAAAGCAGAAGCGUUAACGGUAGUUUUCAGCUACCUCUUGAUGUUCCUUUACGUUGCGUUUGCAUUAAGCAAAAUAAAAUGUUCCCUGAAAGAAUAUUUCGCCAACGGUAAAAUGAUGAUUAGCAUCGGUGGAGUUUUAAUAGUAAUAGCCUCGGUAGCUUCUUCUCUCGGUCUAUUUGGCUAUAUCGGGGUAUCCACCACGCUACUUACCAUCGAGGUGAUCCCGUUCUUGGUAUUGGCCGUGGGAGUGGAUAAUAUAUUUAUUUUGGUUCAAACGCACGAAAGAAAUCCGAAACACCCCGACGAAUCGAUACCGGAUCAUAUCGGAAGAAUUAUGGCGAAAGUUGGUCCAUCGAUGUUACUUACCAGUACUUCCGAGUGUCUUUGUUUCUUGAUCGGAACGUUAUCUUCGAUGCCGGCUGUAAAUACUUUUGCGCUUUAUGCAUCUUUGUCGAUUUUCAUCAAUUUUAUUUUACAAAUAACAGCUUUCGUUAGUCUGUUAUCACUGGACGAACAAAGAUACGAGAACAAUUUGUUGGAUAUAUUUUGCUGUAUGAAAACGGAAAGAAGAGAUUCCGCGGAGGAGGAGGAGGAAGACUUUGGUUUAAUACACGCGAUAUUUAAACGAUUUUAUACACCGUACCUGAUGAAAACACCAAUCAGAAUACUUGUAUUGAUCGUAUUCGUGGUUGCUCUUGUGAUGCAUGCGGUACUUUUGCCAAAUAUUGGCAUCGGUUUAGACCAAAAGCUAUCGAUGCCCGAAGAUUCUUACGUUUUAAAAUAUUUUCAGUUUAUGGAAGAUUUAUUGUCAAUGGGUCCCCCAGUGUACUUUGUGCUUACCCCUGGCCUCAAUUUUACUCGUAAGGAGGUUCAAAAUGUAAUUUGCGGAGGUCAAGGAUGCAAUACCGAUUCCCUUUAUACACAGAUCUAUUCGGCAGCCAAACAACCUGCUACAUCGUAUUUGUCGAAAUCCGCUUCGUCUUGGAUAGACGAUUAUAUAGACUGGUCUGGGAUUAAUGGUUGCUGCAAGUACUUUAAAAAUAAUCAAUCGUUUUGUCCACAUACGGAAGUUACUUGCAAGACAUGCGAUAUCGACCUCGAUGCUUCCCGACCAAACGAUUACAGUUUUCGAAAAUAUAUAUCCUAUUUUUUGCAAGACAUUCCCGAUCAAGAUUGCGCAAAAGGUGGACGAGCCGCGUAUCCGGACGCAUUAAAUUACUACGUUGACAAAUAUGGACUAACGGAUGUUGGGGACAGUUACUUUAUGGGAUAUCAUACUCCGUUGAAAAAGUCCUCGGAUUGGUACGAAUCAUUGAAGUAUUCUAGAAUGAUUGCAGCAAAUAUUACAAAGAUGAUAAAUGAACAAAAUUUCACCGAUAACCAGAUAACCGUCUUUCCAUACAGCGUAUUUUACGUAUAUUACGAGCAGUAUCUUACCAUUUGGGUAGAAACGUUAACGUCCUUGGGUUUGUCUCUCUGCCUUAUUUUCCUGGCGACUCUAGUUCUUACAGGAUUCUCCUUAUUUUCGGCGGUAAUGGUGCUAUUCACCGUAUUCAUGAUCAUCGUAAACAUAGGUGGUCUCAUGUAUUGGUGGAACAUUGAAUUGAACGCGGUAUCUCUUGUUAAUUUGGUAAUGGCUGCCGGUAUAUCUGUCGAGUUUUGUAGUCACACGAUACAUUCCUACUUGAAAUCUACAGCAUUUACAAGAAUCGAUCGUGCGUCCGAAACUUUGAACAAAAUGGGAAGUUCGGUUUUCUCUGGUAUCACUUUAACGAAAAUUAUAGGAAUCGUGGUAUUGGCAUUCUCCAAAACUCAAAUCUUUCAAGUAUUCUACUUCAGAAUGUAUUUGGGUAUAGUAAUUUUUGGCGCUGCGCAUGGCUUAAUAUUUUUGCCUGUAUUGUUAAGUUUCAUAGGUCCCUCGAAAACGUGACGAUACUUGUUCAAAUCCGAAUGAAGAAAGAAAAAGGAUAGGAUAGCUUCGUCAAACAUUUUAUUCUGCGAUUUUCAAUUAAUCGCUCUCAGAAUCAGUUAAACAAAAAACCAUAACCAUGCAAUUAUUACGAUGGUUGAAAUCAGUUGAAAUGUUAAAAGACGCUUUACGUUAAACAUCGAGCGGAUUAAUUUAAGCAUUUUAUGCGUUAUAC